GGCGCACAGCAUACUGUCACUUUAACGUUGUGAGGUCUACAGCCACGAUGGCAGUUUUGAUACUCAAUCCAGACAAGUUUUCAGAGUUCGCAUCACAAGAAACUUAUCUCUAAAUGAUGAAAGCAAUCGGUGUGGCGCGCUCACGGCUCGAUCUCGCAUGAUUUACAUGCAGGAUGUCAGUAUUGCUGAAAAGCCGGUAAGAUAGUGCAAAGUGCGAGUUACGAGAGCUGCCUAUUCAGCAUCACACAAAGGGAUCUACGGAGUUCAGUGGUCUACUGGCAUUGGGUUUGAAUGUCAUAAAGAAACAACUUCUACUCUUCAACGAAAUGGAUCACUUCGCAGCAGAGUGCCUUGUGUCAAUGUCCAGCCAAGCAAUUGUCCACGGUCCAAAGGGGAAUAGAGAGAUCAAGCCCGAAACUGCGGCUGCACAGAGGAAUGGAGAAGAAACCAAGGAGCCUUUAAAAGACAACUCAUCUCUUUUUGUGGUGGCGAGAAUUUUGGCGGAUUUUAAUCAACAGACCCCCACCAAUUUUGCCGAGCAGGCAAAAAUAAAGGAGGAGAGCACGCCACCAACAGCAACCCUAACCAGAGAUGAUGGGAACUCUGCCACACCUACCACCAUCACCGGCGACUCUGCUCUUAAACAAAGAAGCAAACGAUUCAGGGGUCGAAUUGAGCAAGAACCCCCACAGAAAAAGCACAAAUGCCACUAUUCAGGGUGUGAAAAAGUUUAUGGCAAAUCGUCCCAUCUCAAAGCCCACCUAAGGACACAUACAGGAGAGCGCCCCUUUCCCUGCACCUGGCCUGACUGCAGUAAGAAGUUCGCUCGCUCUGAUGAGCUGGCACGGCACUAUCGCACCCACACGGGCGAGAAAAAGUUCGGCUGCCCCCUGUGCGACAAGCGAUUCAUGCGGAGCGACCACCUGAUGAAACACGCACGGCGUCACUCCGACUUCCAGCCGGCCAUGCUGAAGAGGCAGCACGGCGGUGGCAAUGCCACCGUCUCAAGCAGCACGCGCCCUGGCUCCCUCAGCGAUUACAGUCGAUCCGACGCCUCAAGCCCCACCCUCAGCCCCACCCUCAGCCCCGCCAACUCGCCUUAACCUGGCCGCACUUUCUUCCCACGCCGCCUGGGUCUCCAGGCUCAUUUUUAAAAUUUUUCUCUAUCCAUCAUUUUUUCCCCCUAAAAAAUUUAGCGGCAUAAUAAGCGCCAUGCUAAACCCCGUUGCUUGCUGUGGUGUACUGUACUGUACAUAACUGCUUCUUGUAGUGCAAUUUUCUUGUGCAACCCCUAAAAGAGAAAAAAAACAUAAAAAGAAACUGCCUUUUCCACAUGGCAAUAUUUACAUGAUGUACCAUAUGUCUGUAUUUUUAUAGCUUCUGGCCACAGCCUCUUUCCAUUAUGGGUUUUUGUUGCUUUCAUAUACAACCGCUCUGUUCAAAUGAACUAAAAAGUUGAAAGGUUUGACAGGUAAAGAUGUUUCUUUUUAUUUAAAACGGGUGAGGGAGAGGGGCACACAUACACCUCAGGAUUCAGAACAGUUUUUUUCUCCUUUAAUACUCACAUUGACUGCACAAAACAAGCAUCACUUUACUCUGAAAUUCAACGGAGGUUGAAUUUUGCGCCCUGCUCAGGGAUGGCCUCAUUAGCUUGAAAGAAUGAACACGAUGAAGAGAAACAUACGUUAAGAAACAGCCUUACACAUGGACAAAAGGAAACUUUGCACUCUUUUUUUUUUUUGAGUUGGUUGGUUGGUUUUCACAUCAGGGGAAGCAAAUUCUGGCUUUUAACAGUCAUUCAAUCUCUUUAUUAUUAUUACUUAUUAUUAUUUUUUUUUUUUUGUAAAUCACUUUUAACGAGAGGCAGAACCACUCAGCAGAUACGAACGGUUGAGGGGGGCAAUUCUGUCUUGAGACUGGAAAUGACUAUUUUCAACAUCGCUAUCUCCCACUAACCCUGUAGUCACACAGAGCUCUGUUGGCCUGGCUCCAUGUUUCAAAGGGAAUCCUCUCAAUAUAGCUUGAAUGUCAUUAUCAGUCCACUUUUACAUGCUUGAGCCACCCAAUGAGGAGAACAGACAGCACCACUUCUCUCGGUGGACUAAACUAAACUCCCCUUGAAAAUUUGGAGGCUGAAGUUUCAAAGCAGCUGUUUCCUCAAUAAAAACAGCACAUUCAUCAACUUCAGGGUUUUUCACUACAGUCUGACACAUUCAAAGGGACUUGUCUGGACAUACGCCUACUUCAGACUCCAAUAAAGACAAAAAGCACAUGAGCAGAAUCCACCAAAGACCAAGGUGUGAACGAGAGAACAGAUAGGUUUUUUUAUUCUACCCAGAGGAAGGAGGGAGGGAGGGAUGUUGGCAUUCUCUCAGGUAACAGCAGAAGUCCUGGCCCUCUGCUCUCCGCAGAGCUCCAUCUGCAGAGGCCUUCCACUUAGGAAACUGUAUCAUCCUACACAGGGCUAUUCAUAGCACACUAGCCAGGGAGACGAGAGCCAUUACAGCGGAGCUUUACACACUCUGUCUAGCUCACUCAAUCUGACAAAAAGGAGUGGGCGUAUGAGAGGGAUAGAUGGAGGGCCAAAGCAAAGUUUAAAAGAAAGAGAUAUCAGAUCUACACACCAUGUCAUAACCAGGCACCAUGCAGCAUAUAGUAAAGUGACAAUAUUGCAGUCAUAUUUGAAGCUUAAUAUACAGCUAUGUGAAGCUGGAAUUUGGACCAGUGAGAUUUGACUGUGGGCAGAGUUACCCAGCAAAACAAACAAAAAUCAAAACCAUGUGGUUCACAAAAUGUCUUGUCAGUUAUCAAUUGUCAUUGCACCUGGUUAAGACUAGUAGUUGACCGAUAUGAGACCGAUAUGCAACUAAUGUAAUACCAAUAUUUAUAUAAUAGAAUUUAAUGACAGAAAUGAUAAAUUAAUGAUAAUUUUAACAAAUUUCAGUUAUGUAAUUAGUCUGAAAUACCGGUUGUUUGCCGAUACUUGUAAUCUCAAAAUGCAUAAAUAUUGGUUUGAAUAAUCAGCCUGGGCUGCAUUUUCCAAAAGCAUCAUAAGGCUAAGUACAUCUUACAGAUCAUGGUGCUUAUGAUGCUUUUUGGAAAUGUAGCCCUGAACAAAAUAUCGGUCAUUAAAAUACUGUUAUCUGCCAAUACCGAUAAUCAAAAUGACCAAUUAAUGGGCCUUGCUGAUAUAUUGGUCUGUCAGACACUGUUAUCAGCCGAUAUAGUUAUUCAUGAAAUGGCCAGAUAUCAGCAGAUUAACCAGCCAUCCCGAUUAAUCGGUCGACCACUAGUUAGGACAUGGAUUUACAACUCAUUGUGAACAAGAUAGUCAGAGCAGAUGUAUCAGGAUUGUUUCACUUUGUGGUGGGAAGAGCAACAGGCCUCCAUGAGAACAAAGAGCACUAUCUACAGGAGGCAGGAAAGAGGGGUUUGGCCCAUAGCGAGACAGAUAAAGACAGAGGCUUUAUCAGGAGCUGAGCACUCCAGCAGAAGAAACACCCAGUCAGCUCCCUCUCUCUCACACAUGGAAACCUCCCUCCCCUCUGCACUACUCCCCUCUCACCCGCCAACAGCAUCCCACAAUGCAUUGUGGGAGCUUAAAGAGGGAAAAUGGCCUUGUCUGAUUGGAUAGCAUCCAAGCAGCCAGCAGGGGGGUUGUAAUGGAGGAAGUUGAGGCCCAAAUCAUAAUGGCUCACAGACAAUAGGCAUGAUGUGGUAUCAAAUCAGAGUUGAGCAUGUUGGGAAUUUUUUUAAUGAGAUGUUAUCAGUAUUUUUUUCCCCAGUUUGGCACUGUCGACUACUCGGACAAGAUAAGUCACUCUUUCUUUAAAUGACUGUACUUUUUCCUCAAGCACAGGGAAUCACUCGCACAUCCUUUCUUGUUUUACUGUUGCGGAUCACUGAUUUGUCAGUGUGACCACUCAUUACCUCAAUGAACAGCUGCUUUCAAACUUGACUCGUUAAAAAGGGGGCUUUAGGCAUUACUACUCGAUUUGUACAUAAUCAUACAUAUCAAGUGAACAAUGAAUUUACCGUCCUUAGUCGCUUCAGCCUGCGAGGAUAUGAAAGGUUACCGUGAGAAACUGUCGACCGGGCCUUACUCGCUCAGGCGAAAGGCAUAACAGUCCCUCCAGGAACCGAGGCACCGCUAUCAAAACUACUGUGGCACUGCCUUAUCCACUGUCUCACUUUCCCAUACGCGCAGUGUUCCUAAAGUGACACUUUAAUAUUCAUUUUCCAAACUUUCUGUGACAGUUUUUCACUUAUAAACUCAUUAUUCAACACCAGCCAUCUUGUCUCGUCUCAUAUUAUCUUGCACGUUUUCCUUGCCCACCCUCCAUGCCCAGCGUGGGGAUACCAGCAUCAGAGUCGCCCAGCUGGACGAGCGCUCCAGGGCUUGAGGAGCAGGUGGGGAGGCCUGUGAAUGCCAGGCCUUGUCCCCCUUUUAUCCUUCUAACAGCCCCCAUCCCCCUCCUAGGGGCCUCUCUCAUAGCCCUCAAAAAAAAAAAAAACCUCCACAUAAUCAUGGCUUUCAGCUAAAGAAAACAGCCCUAAUCAAAAUAAACAGUGCCACAGCGGCAUUAUUUCUGCAAUAAACCCACACGUAAAGCUGUCUAGCUGCGAUUGCACCCUCCCCUGGCCCUUUAAAGUCAUUUCAAAUGCGAUGUCAACCAUCGCCAUUGCGACAUCGUCAACUUUAGCCGAUUUCUCCUCCAGAAUUUCGCACGUCAGUUUUACUUCCAAAGUAAGCUGGCCAUGUAUAUUCCCUGUGUGCAAGAAAUUCAUUUGUAGACAUUUUAUAUAAGUUGCUGUUCAACGCCUUUGAUUGUAUCUUGCAAAUACUCCCAACUGCUGGUCAGUAGAGGGCAUUUCGGGGCAGUAUAAGGUCGGUCUGAACCAACCUCCUCUUAAUUAAUACUUCUCAAACCUGGUAAAACAUGUUCGGUGAACAUCGAAAAACCCGAAACCUGCAGGCAACACAAGAGCGAGUAUUUGGGUACUGGUUAGAUGGAGUAUACACAACAACUAAAUAUAUAUUUUUUCCUUAUAAUAUUUACUGAAAAUGUAUUUUCUCAAUGCAAAUUCACUCACAGCCCAGGUUAGUGUGAAUUACAUGUAAAAACGAAUACAUGCGUGCUUGUGUUUCUGUAUUUUUCACUGUACCGAUACUACUUGAAUGCGAAGCAAGACCAUUGAACACAGGUGGAAACAUGUCUAGGUCAUGACAAGUCAAACUGUACCUGCUACGUUUCUCAGCUUAAAACCCACGGAUGUACUCAUUUUUCUUUAUUUGUUCAAUAUUUCUGCAUUGUGUUGUAUUUUUGCUUUCUGAUUAUUUUCUUUGUGUUCAGAUCUUAGCUGUUUUUAUUAUUAUUAUUAAUAUUUCAUGCGAAGUUUGUUGUUAGUGUUUCAUAAGGCUUGCUUUUCUGUCUGCCGCAACAAUGCUAGUAAAAUUAGACACUGAAAGAAAGCUUUUUGUCAAUAGCGGGAGAUAGGUGUAUAACCACCAAAUUUGAAAACAUGGAGGGUUAAAGGUGGUUUUAAGUGAGAAAAAAGGGAAAUAUCCUAACUUCUCAAAAACAUUGCGUGAGACUGAAUGCGAUACACAUGAUUAAGUCUGAUAUAUCGCAUUACCAUAGAGACCACAGCAUUGUGAGUAGAUAGUCACAUUCAUGUUUUAUUGUUUUGUUAUUUAACAUAAUUAGAAUUUCAUCUGUGUUUAAUUUUUCUAUCAUGUAUCUUUUCAAACUCAUACCUCUACAAAAAUCAAGAAGGUUAUGAUUUUUUUUCAUUUUUUAUUUUUUUUUCAUUGGAUGGGGUAUUAGGGGAAAUUGUUGGAUUUCAUAUCUGAAUGAAAAUACAAUAUUUUUUAUGAAUUAUCAUGGUCUUACGAGCCACAGAGCAUCAUAUUGAAAGCGAAUCAUCUUUCAUGAAAUUCAUUCUACCAGUAAACCCACACACCCAACUCAACGAGAAACGAUUUGUUUUGUACAAAUCUAUUUGUUCACAAAAUCCGACAAAAGAUUUUGAUGUCAUUUAUUGAAUCCUUCAAUCCUACAUUCAACAAACUGCAUGUUAGUUCAAUAACGAGUGCCAAAGGCAUUGGAAAUGUGAUUUAAAUCAACAUAUACAGUGAUAGUCAAGAUAAAUAUGAGCUUGUACAGUUUUCUAUGAGUGAUGUACGUUUUUAUGUGUAUGUAGCGGGGUGAAUGAUGUAUUAGAUGCGCGAGUAUUUCUAAUUUACCCCUUUUGUUUGAUCUUGAUGUACUUUUUUAUUUCUUUCAGUUAUGUUUUUCUUAAUUUGUCACUGUUGUACAUAUUAGUAAAAGUGAAAGCUCAGAUAUUAACCUGUUCACCAUCCUACGUGAAAGCUCUACCAUUCCAAAGGAUUGCAAUUACAUUUGCUAUAAACAUGCUGCUUAUAUCCAACCAAUGCAUCAAAGCUUCUUUUCUUUGUAUUUAUUUUGCUCUUAUUACUCUUUUAUUUUUGACUGUGAUAUAUGUAUUACAUGACUUUUGUUACUAGUUAAAUUUGGUACUUAAACACCCCCCCCCCCCCUCCCCAACUUUGCUGUCCUUCCCACAUCCUGUAAACCUCUUCAUACUCUUCAGCCAUGCCACGUUCUGAUACAUUCAACAGAAUAGAGAAAAGACAAGAUGGCUUCCAUACAAAUGUGCAGUUAUCAGUUCCAAUAGUGUCUUCCCAUGCAAAAUAGGGUCAGUUUGAAUAACUGAUGAUCUCAGUGCUGAUGGAGGAAGACGUUUUAGUAGGAUGCUAUUGCCAAGGGUGCUGUAGUGCCACGACUUUUCUCGCUUUUGGCAUUGGGUGACUGCAUUAGAAGAGUUGGGUUCUUGUUUAAUAGAUGUUACCAAAGGCUUCAGGAUCGAAUUAAUGAAUGUUUAUGUCGCGUAGUUGGAAUUCAGUCGUUUGAGGGUUUCAGAAAGUGUUUUAAUGAAGCGAAAGAACUAAGGGGCAUUUUAAAAAUAUAUAUCGCACCCAAAACUCAUUUUUAGUGGAAACAAUCAAAGAAGGCUGACAGUUUUCAACAUGGAUAUGCAAAAUUGACAACGUUGGUUGACCUUCAUUCACACAUUCAAAAGGCUUUUUUUUAAUUUAAUAUAGUCCAAUAAAUACAUAUCUGUGAAUAUGUACGCAUACAAAACAUUGCCUUUACAGUCCCACCAGUUAAAGUUGGACGUUUCGGUGUGAAGAUCACUUACUGGUGAAAAUUACACUGUGUUUUUGCAGUUAGAUGUUUCUCCAAAGAACCUAUGGAUAUGUUAAUGCCAUACAGUGGUUGUCUAUCCAGGUAAACAAAGCAAAAUGCUUAAUGAGUUGCUAGACAGUUAGCGCAACUUCCGAAAUGGAUAUUUACGAUGUCAUGUGCUCACAAACAUCAUUUAGUUGAGGUCUGCGUAACGGUAGCCUCUUAUUUGAAAUGGUGGAAGUGGAUUUAAGUCUUAGCCAUGGCUUUGUUUCGACUGUUGUUUGUUUUGUCUCUUGCUCAACUCAGGAGACACUAACUGCUUUUGAGGGCUGU